CUUCCAACGCCGAGGCUACUUAGACUCGUAACUAGUCUGGCUAUCAACUAUACGCCAUGCUGGUCACGAGCCUAGAGGCUACUACCCAACAGUCUACCACAAAAGACGGUGAUCACAGCCACGCGUGGGUUGCACAUCCACUGAUUUGUGAUCAGCGACUUGCACGACUUUUAAGGUUCUCCCUUCCCGCAUGGUGGUGUCGGUGUAUCUACCAGUCAUGUCAUUGAUGAUAACCCUGUCAACGCCUCGUCGCGUAUGCUUCGUGACAUCAGUGUGCCUGACUUGAAAAUCACUCGCAUUUUUGCAGAGCUACACCCCCAAUACGUCAGUCAAUUUGAAGUAGAAGAUGCUAGUCGACUAGCCAUUCACGCCCGACUGGAGAACACUCCACUUCGUCUAAUCAACACCUCUACAUGCGCAGAUCAACGCAUCUACGGAGAGUAAAGAGUAUAAAGAGCUUUUACA